AAAUGUUAAAAUCCGGUAGAUAAUUUCCACAAAUACGAGUACAUGAAAGAAGUGGUCUGUUGCGCUCUUAUUUUGAAUAUCAUUUAAAGGAAAUGACGUUCCAAUUGCGGAAGUCCAAUCCAUCCACACGCGGGAAAUAAAAAAAAAAAAAAACGAGUCGUCAUUUGUAAAUGACAGCAACGUAUAUUUGGGCAGAAUGGACAAACAACACAACACAGCAGGCGAUUUGAAGCGCGCUCCCCCCGUGAAAGUCCUCUCCGGUCAGCUGAGAACAGCGACGGAGAUACAGGGAAGCUCCGGCGAGACGCGGGCCGGCUGGCUCGUCAGGCUGGGCAGAGAUCGCUACCUGCCGGUCUCGCUCGUGUGGAUGCAGGGCACCGUGAUGGAAGUGCAGCUGGAGCUCAACACCGUUCUGCUCCAGGAUGAGACGGGCACGUUCACAGUCCAGGGCAUCAACAGCAUCCCUAAAGGGAAACCGUGUCUGUCCUCGGGUAAAUACGUGAUGGUAAUGGGUGUCGUCCACGCCGUUUCUCCGGAGCCGGUGAUCAGUGCCGUGAAGUUGGCCGACCUCUCCGAACACGCCGCGCUGCACAGACAGAUGUGGAAGCUGGAGGUGGAAGACCUGCAGCAUGUGCUGGUCGCCAGGGGAUGUCUUGCCUCAGCUGGCCCGUGACAGCUGGAAAUAAAUGGACCUCCGCCGACACCAUUAUACUAUGAAUACCAUUAGUGUUUUCAUUUGUGCAGAUAAUCUGCCAAUUAAAAAGCACAAAAAAGUGUAACAAAGCACCUUAUGAGGGAAAUAAACUUUAUUUUGCGUACUGUCUUUGUAACGCAACUCAAUUAGCUGCCAUUGACUGUGCCAAACGUCCAAUCUAAUUUGACAGGGAGAGGCUGACAGCAACUGAUCGCUGUCAGUCUUACUAAUCAAAAUGGAUUGGACGUCUGGCACGGUCAAUGGCACAAACAUAAGCAUUCACAGCCAAAACUCUUAGUUUGAAUUAGACGCCUGCCAUUGACAAUGACAGGCAAUGAAUCAAGAACUAAUUAUCAGAUAACUGACCAGUGUGGAGUGAUUAGAACAAACUGCAAAAUGAUUAUGCAACGUGUUGAAAACUGUCACGAACGAAAAGGCUUUACAACGUGCUACUUCCAUCACCCUAUUCAGAUGAGGGGUGCAUAGCAAAACGAGGCAACGCUCCCGUUUAUUCGGCUUGUGGCAACUGUCGUCGGGCCAAUCUGGAGCCGCUUUGAAAAUUAUGCCGUGAUCCACACUGGCUUGAAUCCUUGGAACAUCAGAGGUUACCUUGAGUUGGAGUGCUGCUUCUCUUCACAUCAUCUUCAUCCCAUUAUUUGAUGUCCUUAAGAAGAAAACUGUAUUUUCCAAAAUCAUUGUCAUUGGGUGCUAUAAGAUGGUCUUUUUUGGCUUUGGCCAAUUUCAUCAAAAGCACUUCUCGCCUGUCCUUCCACUCCUGCAGCUCCUGCUCUCCAUGGGCCAUCUUGCAUGAAUCAUCCUCGGUGCAUGUUCCUAUAUCGAACCUGUUCAAACACACCGGAAAGCGUCAAAUGCCUGUUUAAAACUGGAUUAAAUGUACUUUUACAGGGUCUGGACUAGGGUUGGGCAUCGUUUGAAACUGAACGAUUCCGGUUCCAUGUUUCGAUUCCUGUUCCGAACGAUUCUCAAUUUCGAUGCUUUUAAGAGGCAGGGUAAAAAAAUCUAUAGUUUAAAAUGGUAUUAGUUAAUAUUAAUGUUAGGGCUGUCAAACGAUUAAAUUUUUUAAUCGAGUUAAUUACAGCUUAAAAAUUAAUUAAUCACAA